AUGGAAGUGGUGUGUGGUGCUGGAGAGCCCGUGUGUGCUGGGGGCCACAUCACCAAGACCCUGGGCUACCUGGAGCUGGGCACCUCCGGGCUCCUAAAGGAUGUCCCUUACGGCAGACUGAAGCCCCCAGCGCUCGAUGCUGGGAGGCUGAUUCCAGCCGAGCUCCCCCGGGGCGCGGGGACCCCCUCGGGUGCGGCGCGGAGCCCCUGGGACUGGCAGAAGAACCAAACCGCCGGGGAGCUGCUGGGCGGCCGUGCCCGGCGCAAGCCGGCGCUCAAGUCCGGGCGCACCAAGAAGAUCUUCGGCUGGGGAGAUUUCUACUUCAACAUCAAGACGCUCAAGUUCAGCCUGCUGGUGACCGGCAAGAUCGUCGACCACAUCAACGGCACCUUCAGCGUCUACUUCCGCCACAACUCCUCCAGCCUGGGCAACGUCUCGGUCAGCAUCGUGCCUCCCUCCAAAGCCGUGGGGUUCGAGGUGCUGGUGCCCGGCCCCCUGGUGCCCCUCCCGCCCCCCCAGCAGAGCACCCUGCCCGAGGGGCGCCCGGCCAAGGCCCUCAACUGCCACGUGGAGUACGAGAAGACCAACCGGGCACGCAAGAACAAGCCUUGCCUGUACGACCCCUCCAAGGUCUGCUUCACGGAGCACACGCAGAGCCACGCCGCCUGGCUCUGCGCCAAGCCCUUCAAGGUCAUCUGCAUCUUCAUCUCCUUCCUCAGCAUCGACUACAAGCUGGUGCAGAAGGUCUGUCCCGACUACAACUUCCAGCACGACCACCCUUACUUUGGCUGA